UUGAUAGGUACAGCUUCUCCACCUCGGGCGCACCCUCCACUACUGGCACGUUGUCCAAACAAUAUUCCCCGAUUGAUCGAUCCUCUCUGAUUUUCCCACCUCGGUCACUUAAUCUGCACUGCACCUCGGUCGACCAGGUUUGGUGAUGGCAUCCAGCAGCACUAGGGAGGAAGCGCCUAGCUCAACCAUUGUGGGAGAAGCUCCUCCACCGGUGACCAUGGAAGCUAAGAUGAUUGUGGCCACGGGCCAUGGCCAUUGCCAGCAGUUGAAGGAUAUGCUUCUGAGCAAGGAAGACGCUUCGAUCAUGGCAGUGGUCAUGGCCUCAAGCAAUCAGGCUUCCAAGCCGCCCAACCCUCCUUCGCCGGCCAUGGAUUACCGGCUUCUUGCAGCGGCAUGCUCUGGCUCUUUCUUGGAUCUGGAAUCACUUCUCACCGGGGAAGAUUGUCGUCAAGCCUCCUGCAAUGGAACCAUCAGAAGCUCAGCGCUGCCGCGGGCUUCUGAUGAUGAAGAAGCAUUUCUCAGGGAAUCGCUCCUGGACGGGGUCACCUCCAACGGUGACACUCUCCUACAUGUGGUCGCCACCAAUGGCGACAGCGAGGACUUCUUGAACAAAGCUGGCCUCAUUCAUAGGAAGGCACUGAACCUCCUUUUCGUGCAAAACAACGAAGGUGAUACACCCCUGCACUGUGCUGCACGUGCGGCCAACUCCCAGAUGGUGUUUCUCCUUGUUGAUCUUGCUAAAGGUCAGGAUAACAACGAUAAUAGAUCAGUGAAGGCAUUGCUGGAGAAAGAAAACAAGAUUAAAGAGACAGCAUUGCAUGAAGCUAUCCGCGGUGGGAACAAUGAUAUAGUCAAGAUGCUCAUGGAGGAGCACCCACGAUUGGCCAGAUUACCGAAGGACGAUGGUACUUCUCCGUUGUACCUAGCCAUCUUACUGGAAAAUAAAACCAUUGCGAAAACACUCUACCAGAUGAGCGACAAGAUUCUUUCAUACUCUGGACCAAAUGGACAAAAUGCAUUGCAUGCUGCUGUUUUCGGAGUCGGAGGCAAAGGUUAUCAAAUUCUUGCAGGUUUCUGUCUUACAAGAAGCAACACGAACAGCAGCAAGUUUCACACGAUUUAUCUUUCCAAAUGCAAGUACAACAAGAUCAGCAAAAGAGCAAGGGAAGGGAAAGAGUGGUUGGACUUCGUCACCAAAGAGCUGCUGUAGAAGAGGGUUCAGAGAUUUUUUUGCCAAGUUGUUGAAGCGGCGAAGCAGGAGAAGCAGAGGAAGCCGGAUCGGGAAGAUGCAGAACAAAUACUCGAGCUUGAUGACGAUGUGGACGAGCAGCCUAGCGGUGAGGCGGAUCUCCAGCCGCGACCUCCAUUCUCCUCCCUUCUUCUCUUUUCUGAUCUCCUCCCCUCUUCUCGAUCUGUCUCCCCUCCCCCUUUUCUUUUGUCCUUCUGGAAAAGCCACCGGCACAUGGCCAUGGAGUGACUCCCCUUUUGCCUUUCAGUCCUCUAAUUAUUUUCUUUAGUGCCCAAGUUGAUCCCUGCUGCUAACAUUCUUCUCCUUGUAAAGUCCUUCUUAAUGUUGAGUGAGGUGCUCGGCCUAAUUAAUUGAAGUUUCUGGGCCUUUUUCGCCCCUUCCUGCAUAUAAAGAAUUGAAGAUUGUAAUUGCCUCUUUGGAGUGGAAUCUGUUACUUUAACAUA